AUGGAGGAUGUGCUAUCCCGAGCGUUGGAACAGGUGAAGUGGGAAGAGGACGUCGCUAGCCGCGCCAAGGCUCAACCCAAACAGGAUCAGAGGUCCACCCGAUCAGACCGGGGAGACCGAGAAGAGAGAUCCUCCCAAAAGGGAUCCAAGGACUCCGGAAGCAGGAACCAGGGCAGGUUCCAAUACCGGCCAUUAGAAAAAGAAGAGGGGAUGUCUGUGUCUACCUGGCCCGAUAUCUCCCAUCUCUCAAUAUCUACACCAGAGCUGGUCAACACGCUGAGGCAGAUGGGCCAACAGCUCAAGUGGCCCCAAAAUAUGAAAGCACCUGACUCAUUCCAGAACCCGGGACUCUGGUGCGACUUCCAUCGCGAUCACGGCCACAAAACUGAAGACUGUGUCGCCCUGAAGAUCGAGGUCAACGAACUGCUCCAAAAGGGGCAUCUCCGAGAAUUCCUUUCAGAGAAAGCCAAGGCUCAUCUUAGCAAAGAAGGAUCAGGGAAAUCCAAAGGAGACGCACCAAGCUCACCACCUCGCCAGGACCGGGUGAUUCACGUCAUCUUAGGAGGCCCUGAAGUAAGUGGCGUGAGUCAUGCAGCUGCGAAGAAGAGCACCUGUAAUGCUAAACACGGCCUGGAGACUGCUCAACCUAAGUGCCUACUUCUAGGUACAACCAAGAUAAGCUUCACAGCCAAGGAGCAAGAGAAGAUAUUAGCUCCCCACCAUGAUGAUCUAGUUGUCUCUCUCACCAUAGCGAACUGUUUAGUGACAAGAAUACUAGUAGACAACGGGUCCUCCAGCAAUAUCAUCUUCCUGACGGCAUACCAAGACCUAGGGUUAGAGGAGAAUACCCUGAUGCGCAAAAUAACCCCACUCAUCAGGUUCAGCGGCGAGGUCAAGCAAACCGCUGGGGAGGUUGUUCUGCCAGUAUAUGCUGAAGGGAUCAACCUAUCUACCAAAUUACUGGUCGUGGACUGCCAAUCGGCAUACAACCUGAUCUUAGGACAACCCUGGAUUCACGACAUGGGAGCAGUCCCCUCGACUCUCCAUCAAAUAGUGAAGUUCCCUACACCAUGGGGCAUCAGAGCAAUCCGAGGAGACCAGGAGUGUAACACCCCCGAACCGUCCUAA